GGGACACAAUCCCUUUCCCGCAGGACUAGCAGGACUCGUAGCCUCCUUGCCAGCUGGUUCAUUGCUGGUGGCAGAGCACUCCCAACUGUGGUCUCCUCAAGGACACUGGUAGUAUGUUUGAAUUCGUUUCUGUGUACUGUAGCUGUAGACGGCCGUUCCCACUUAGACUCGUUUUUAGCGCAUCCUUUUACAGCGCUUUCUAUUAUUCAUGACUGGAGUUCGUGAAGGGAGGCAGUGUUGUGGACUGGACACCGGUAAAGGACCUGGUGAGAGCAUGCUUUAGAGUUUCGGUCUGCGCAAUUGGAUUUAACACCACAGAAGGUGAAGUUUGGCGACUGGUUUUCCUCUUCAAAAAUGGGUUCGUUGCUUGAGGGUCGUAGUCGAUGACGUCUUGAUGGUACUAUGUUUGCCGCCGCUACCAAGAGCUUUGUUAAGCAAGUUGGAGACGGAGGGAGAUUAGUGCCUGUUCCGAGCCUCAGUGAAGCCGACAAGUACCAGCCCCUGAGUCUGGUGGUGAAAAAGAAGCGGUGUUUUCUGUUUCCUAGACACAAAUUUACCUCGACGCCCUUCACACUUAAAGAUAUUCUCAUAGGAGACCGAGACAUCUCAGCCGGUAUUUCAUCUUAUCAGUUACUGAAUUAUGAAGAUGAGUCAGAUGUUUCCCUCUAUGGGAGGCGAAACAACCAUAUCGUGAAUGACGUUGGGAUUAAUGUUACUGGAUCCGAUUCCAUCGCGGUCAAAGCUUCCUUUGGUGUAGUAACCAAACAUGAAGUGGAGGUGUCAACGUUACUCAAGGAAAUUACCGCACGAAAAAUAAACUUUGACCACAGUUUGAUCCGCCAAUCAAGGAGCAGCAGGAAAGCCGUGCUGUGCGUGGUCAUGGAGAGCAUCAGAACCACACGCCAGUGCUCCCUGUCUGUGCAUGCUGGCAUUCGAGGGGAAGCCAUGCGGUUUCAUUUUAUGGAUGAACAGAAUCCCAAAGGAAGAGAAAAGGCUAUUGUUUUCCCAGCACACACAACGAUAGCGUUCAGUGUUUUCGAACUCUUCAUUUACUUGGAUGGUGCCUUUGACCUUUGUGUCACAUCAGUGUCAAAAGGAGGGUUUGAAAGGGAAGAAACGACCACCUUUGCCGUGCUCUACAGACUGAGGAACAUCCUCUUCGAAAGAAAUAGGAGAGUGAUGGAUGCCAUCUCUCGCUCCCAGCUUUACCUGGACGAUCUCUUUGCUGACUACUAUGACAAACCCCUUAGCAUGACUGACAUUUCCCUCAAGGAGGGGACUCACAUCCGAGUGAACUUACUAAACCACAACAUUCCCAAAGGGCCCUGCAUACUCUGUGGAAUGGGGAACUUGAAGCGGGAGACGGUUUACGGUUGCUUCCAGUGCUCUGUGGAUGGGGUAAAGUACGUGAGGCUUCAUGCGGUCCCUUGUUUUGAUAUUUGGCACAAAAGAAUGAAAUAA